CGUCCCAAACCCUACUUAACGUUCCUUUUUCCUCCUCGCGCACAUCUAUUCAUCAAUUCAUCACAGAGAGAAUUAUCGCUCAAGAACAGAAACUCAACGCUCUCUCUCUCCUUUUUCUUCUUCAUCUAACCCUAAUUUUCAGUUUAGAUUUGGCGAGUUCUGUUUCUUCUGUAGUAAAUAAUGUAUUCAGUGGCCAAGACCGGGAAAUUGGCGACUCCAGUGAAAGACACACACGGUUCAAAAUCCAGGAUUCAUUCGUGCUUGGAGAAUUCAAACCCUAAUGUCUCUUAUUCAAUCCCUGGCCCAAAAUCUACUAAGUCUCCAUUAACCAAAUCUGCAAAAUCUCUGAAAUCCGCGUCCAGGAACCCUAAUCCGGCUCCUUAUUCUCCGAGAAACAAGAUCAGGGAGAGGAAAUUCGUUGUGGCGAAGAGGAAUUCGAAGAACGCGAAAGCCGAGGAAAAUUCAGCAGUUGAUUGCAAGGACAAAGAGAGAUUUGGAAGUGAUAUGAAGAAGUGUAUUUCGGUGGCUUAUAAGACAUUGAGGGCAUCACAGGAGGAUUUCUUCAAGAACCGUAAUGGUGCUGAAGAGAAUGGUGAGGUGAUGUCAGACUCAGGGAAGGACUCCGAAAGAGCUGGGAAUGAAGUUGAAGAAGUGACUGAGAAGGAGUUAUUCGCUCAAAGUUACGAGAUUGACAGUGGAUAUGGAUUUGAUAAUCCUGAUCCUUCAUCCGAGGUUGAGCAGUCGAGUCAAACAGGUAGUUCUAAAAUUAAGAGGAGAAGGGAUAAGUUGCUUGAGGAAGCAAGAAGUAGUGUGCCUGAAUUUGGGAAAGUGUUGCAUUUGGUCAAGGCCUUUGAGAAGCUUCUUUCAAUACCAAAGUCAGAGGAAUCCGAUGAGAAGAAGGAAGAGAAGGAGCCAGAAGACGACAGGAAGAAGCCAAUCAAAUGGGCAUUACCAGGAUUGCAACCACCGCCUAAGGUUUCUGAGACACAGGUCUCGUCUUCUUCAUUUUGCCCAUCUGAGAUCAUCCUGACAUCGGAGAAUCUUGGUUUGGGCUCACCUCCUUCGGUAUCUUCUUCAUGGGAUAACAGCCGAGGAAGUAUCUCAAGCAGGAGUUCUAGUGGGGGACAGAGAAGUCGAAGAAAUAGCUCUGAAUCCUGUGGAACAAUGGGCGGAAGAAGAUGGAAGAAAAAUCAGCUCAGAGCCACAUCCCAAAAGCCCUUCAAGUUGAGGACAGAGCAAAGGGGAAGAAUGAAGGAGGAGGGGUUUAUGAAGAAGUUGCAAGAAAUGAUGAUAGAGCAGGAGAGGCAGCGGAUUCCUAUUGCACAAGGCCUUCCAUGGACAACAGAUGAACCAGAGUCUCUAAUUAAACCUCAAGUGAAAGAAUGUACAAGGCCUGUUGACCUGAAGCUCCACAGCGAUAUCCGAGCAGAGGAGCGUUCUGAAUUUGACCAACAGGUUGCGGAGAAGAUGAACCUUAUCGAGCGAUACAAGAUGGAAAGAGAGAGACAGCAAAAGUUGGCAGAAGAGGAAGAAAUAAGAAGGUUGAGAAAGGAGCUUGUACCAAAAGCACAGCCCAUGCCUUAUUUUGACAGACCUUUUGCUCCUAGAAGGUCGUUGAAGCAUCCAACCAUUCCCAGAGAUCCAAAGUUUCACAUACCUCAACAUAAGAGAAUGAAGUGCUGCCCAUCAUGGAGUGACUUGAGUACCUUCACUUUCGAACAAUAGCUUAUCGAGGCAUCAAAAUUCUUUUAGUAUUAAUCGCUGAAUUUUGUCAACAAUCCUUCGGCUCUUCUUUCCCAUCCCCAAAACUCCCAAAUAUGAUAAUUGUUUGACAAACAUCUUGUAUACGAAGCAACCAAUUUGGUUGCAACUUUCCUGGCAAUGGUUCUUUCUAUUACCUGUGCAGUGCAUUCAAUAUAUGGAGUUCGCAAUUUGUUUUCAUUAUAUAAGCAUCCUUGUUUUCAAUAUAUGGAAUUCUCCAUUUGUCCUCAAUUUGUUUUCAUUUUAUAUCAGAAUAGCUUCGACAGUUCGACUUGACAAGAAGGCAGUCUUCACCGAAAAUCUUGUUGCGGUAAUGUCUCCUGCUCAGACAAUGAGAUGUUUAGAAAUCAAAUUUUGGACUAAAUUUGCAUGAAGAGGCUUGUACUUCUGCAGAUCUAUUCCUUUGGUUUUGCUCAGCAUGGAAACCCCUGGCCUAUUCUGAUAGCUAGGACAGCAUACUCGUAGUUAGUGGCACAAGUCUGCUAAGGUACCUUCAUUUCACUUCUGACCCCAAUAGAUAUCAAUUCCUCCUGCACUAGAGCUUACAAAUAGCAUUGUCACUGCUAAGGCUACAAGAGGCGGUGAUUCUUUUGAAAAUCUCGACUGUUUGUGAACUCUAAUAGCUUGUGGUUUUAGUGUUUUACCACUCCUUAUAAGUGCUUUUUUACAUGGCCACAGCAUAGGAAGCCCCGAC